AUGCCUAUUCAAAAGGUUAAAGCACGUCAAAUUUUUAACUCUAGAGGUGAUCCAACUUUAGAAGUAGAUGUAAUUACAGACGUUGGAUUAUUAAGAUCUUCGGUGCCAUCAGUACUAGUACCAAAUCCUAAUCAAGCACAAGAAUUAAGAGAUGGAAACGAAGCUAUGUAUCAUGGACGUUCAGUAUUCAGAGCCGUUGAUGUGGUCAAUAACAUAAUCGCACCGCAACUUUUGAAAUCGAAAUUGGAAGCUUGUCAACAAACAGAAAUAGAUAGUUUAUUAAAUCGUUUAGAUGGUACUGAGAAUAAAUCAAAAUUAGGCGCGAAUGCAAUUCUUGGUGUCUCUAUAGCUUGUUGUAAAGCUGGUGCUGCGAAAAAAGGACUUCCAGUUUAUAGAUAUAUUGCAGAAUUGGCUGAAAAUGGAGAUCUUUAUGUACCCGUUCCUAGUUUUAAUAUGAUUAGCGGAGGUAGACAUGCUAAUAAUACAUUACCAUGUCAAGAAUUUAUGAUUAUACCUAUAGGAGCUGAAAGUUUUGCCGAUGCUAUGAAAAUGGGUAUGGAAGUAUAUAGAGUACUCGAACAAAAGAUUGCGACUGCUCAAGAAAUUCAAUUACCUCUUCCAGUUAGCGAUGAAGGUGCAUUUACACCUCUAGAAAUUGAGGAAGAUAGAGAAGCUUUAUUAUUGUUAGAUGAAUCUAUUAAAGAUGCAGGUUACGAGGGAAGAAUUAAAAUUUCGUUGGAUAUGGCAGCCAGUGCUUUUUAUAAAGAAGGAGGAUACGAUUUAGCAUUUAAAACAGAAGAAUCUGAUCCUGACGAAUAUAUGGAGGCAGAAGCAUUAAAAGAUCAUUACUUAGAGUAUUUUACAGAAUUUCCAUCUGUAGUCUCAAUUGAAGAUCCAUUCGAUCAAGAAGACUGGGAAGGUUGGCUUACUUUAGCUGAUCAAGAUAUGCAAAUCGUUACUGAUGAUUUAACUGCAAUGAAUAUCGACAGAAUUGAAGAAGCAAUUGAAAGACAAAUGGCCAAUUCUCUUAUAUUGAGAUUAUCACAAAUUGGAACUGUGACUGAGACAAUCAAUUGCGCAAAAAUAGCCAGGAUCAGUAAUUGGGGAUAUAUUGUGACAGCUUGUGAAGGAGAAACAGAAGAUAAUUUUGUAGCUGAUUUAGCUGUAGGAUUAUCUGCUGGGCAAUUUAAAGCUGGAGCACCUUGUAGAAGCGAAAGAACUGCUAAAUAUAAUCAAAUAUUAAGAAUUGAAGAGGAACUAGGAAAAGAUGCGAAAUAUGCUGGUCUCAAUUUCAGAAAUCCUUUAGCUAAAUAAUUUUUUGUUCCAUAUUAAUUUUUAUUCAUCUGAAUUUAAAAUUAAAACUCACCAUCUCCAGUACAAUAGUAUCCAUAAAAUCUAUCAAAAUAUGUGUUUUGAAAACGUUGAUGAUUUCCAUAAAGAGACCGCAUCAUUCCCGGCCAAGGUUGACGAAAAACAAGAUAUCCCUCACCUUCACCUUCGAUUAAUUGACCAUCUUCAUCCAGAAUUUCUGGCAAAACGCCAAAGAAUGGGAAUGUCUAGCAAGAAUAAUGUUAAAUGGAUUAAUAAAUUAUAUAAUUUAUCAAGGUUUGAUAACAAGAAAUUCAAGAUACAAACUUACUGCAGAACCUGGUUUCAUUGGCGUAGCACCAGGAAGAGGGGUGAUUACAUGGCCUCCGGUUUCUGUUUGCCAAAACGUGUCUGAUAUACUGCAUCUACCAUUACCAAUAAGAUUGUAAAACCAUAACCAAGCUUCAGUAUUUAUUGGCUCUCCAACCGAACCUAAAAUCUAAAAAAAUAAAUUAUUUUAAAAUUUCGAUACUAUAAA